AAGCAUAGAUAAUAGAGUCAAACGUUCUUGAUGGAUAGAAAUUUAGAUAGAUCAGGUCAAUAUCAAUUGAAAUGGAGGACUGAACACACAACUGCAGUAGUAGGAGAGGCCCUGUACUGCUGGGGAGGGGACCAGGAAGGAUUUGAUGGGUCGCAUGAUUCUCCUACAAAGAGACAGUGUACUUCUGCUAUUGAUUCGUUUAACUUAUUAUCUGGUGUUUGGUCCUCUCAACCUACUAGAGGUACUCCUCCGUUGGGUAUCAUAGGAGUCUCCUGUACUACCAUUAAUAAUAAUAUUUAUUAUUUUGGUGGUUGGUGUGGCCAUGGCUCCUGCUACCAUAACAGUUUGAACUGUUUAGACACUUUAACUCUUCAAUGGAAAGAAUUACAACCAACUAAUAACAAUUCUGUGACUAAGAGAGGCUAUGGUGGUAUGAUAGUAAUGGGAAGUGAAGGUGAACCUCAACAAUUACUGGUUAUUGGCGGAAUAGCUUCUGUAUCAACUAUUACACAUUAUCAUCAUCAAUUUGAAUAUGAUAGUUCAAUGAUUAUGAUACCUGGUCUUGAUGAUCAUCUUAGUACUAAUGAACAGAAUAUCUACAACCUGUCCAGUGGAAAAUGGGUCGUUCCAUUUGUGUAACAGACGCUCCAACUAUCUGUUAACCAAACUUUAUUCUUAAUCAACACGAAACUCACAACUAACUAACAACACACUUAUAUAGAUAUUAUAAA